AUGAAGGGAACUACCUUCCUCCUGAUAUCUUUCAUACUUUGGAGACAGGCUAUGUCUCAAUUGGAAUGUUCGGAACACCCUGCUUGCAUAAUGGAAGGCUUAAACGCGGAAAGCAAUUGCUGCCCGGAUGAUAAUGGGGUCUAUGAAGACUGUUGCUUUCGCGCAGAGUGCAUUCUGUACCCCGCAUGCUAUAGCGCAGGUCUUGAUGACUUUUGCUGUCCUACAGAAGACGGCAAUAUGUUAGACUGCUGUGGUACUAUUCCUGUUCCUUCCCCCACUUUGUUGCCGUCGGUGGUUCCAACACCAGUUGUUACGCUUUUCGAACCAAAAUGUGAUGAAAACAAAGCAUGCAGAGAUCAAGGACUCACAGGUCUAUGUUGCCCGACAGUAGAAGGAGUAAUACUGGAGUGCUGUAGUGGGACCGCUCCGCCAUCAAAGGUUCCUUCCAUUUCUCCAAAUGACGACCCUUCCAAUAUGCCAUCAAAAGUUCCCACUUCCCCGCCAUCCGGCGAACCAAGCCCUGUUCCAUCGGAAGCACCAAGCGCAUCACCAUCUAUCGUACCAAGUCUUGCUCCAUCAAAAGCGCAAGCAACCCAAUCGUCUUGUUCGGCACAUCCUGCUUGCUCCAAUUUAGAAGGCGAGUGCUGCCCAACGACCGAUGGGGUCACUCUUGACUGCUGUUCCAGUGGACCAACAGUAUCAAACAGUCCUUCUGCGGCACCAAAUACUUCACCAUCAGCUACACCAUCGACUUCGCCAAGCAGUGUUCCUUCUAUAUCUAUGCUACCAAGUAUUGUAUCAGCUGAAUGUUCGGCACAUCCUGAGUGCUCCAAUCUAGAAGGUAACUGCUGUCCAACGACUGAUGGAGUCAUUCUUGACUGCUGUUCCAGUCGACCAACAAUAUCAAACAGUCCUUCUGCCGCACCGAAUACUUCGCCGUCAGCUACACCGUCGCUCUUGCCAAGCAGCAUUCCUUCUAUAUCUACCGUGCCAAGCAUCGUAUCAGCUGCAUGUUCGGCACAUCCUGAAUGCUCCAAUCUAGAAGGUGACUGCUGUCCAACGACGGAUGGAGUCACUCUUGACUGCUGUUCCAGUCGACCAACAAUAUCAAACAGUCCUUCUGCCGCACCGAAUACUUCGCCGUCAGCUACACCGUCGAUCUUGCCAAGCAGCAUUCCUUCUAUAUCUAUCGUGCCAAGCAUCGUAUCAGCUGCAUGUUCGGCACAUCCUGAAUGCUCCAAUCUAGAAGGUGACUGCUGUCCAACGACGGAUGGAGUCACUCUUGAUUGCUGUUCCAGUGGACCCACAAUAUCAAGCAGCCCUUCUGCCGCACCGAAUACUUCGCCGUCAGCUACCCCGUCGACAACGCCAAGUAGCGUUCCUUCUCAUACAACGUCGACCUUACCAAGCAGCAUUCCUUCCAAGUCUCCGUCUGCUUCCAUAGCACCUUCUGUGACAGCUGCGUGCAUUUCCAAUCCUGGAUGUGCUAUCUUGGGUCUCACAGGCGACUGCUGUCCCCCUCCAAAUGGGGACAAUCUUUUCUGCUGCAGUGUGGAUGGAUCAUUCUCGCCAAGUUCAAAUCCGUCGAUCUUGCCAUCGGUCGAGCCAAGCCUAUUUCCAUCAACCAUGCCGUCGAAUAGUCCCAGUCAGUCACCUUCGGUUACUCCAAGUCUAUUGCCAUCAACCAUGCCGUCGAGUAGCCCCAGCCAUGCACCAUCGGUUACUCCAAGUCUGCUUCCAUCAUCCAUGCCAUCGGGAAGCCCUAGUGUUUUGCCUUCGCUGUCACCCUCAAAUCAGCCGAGCGGCAAUCCAUCUUUCUAUCCAUCAGGGUCAGAGAGCCCGACACAUGAAAAUCCAGAGUGUGAAAAGAAUCAAGAGUGUAAGGCACUAGCCUUGACUGGUUUCUGCUGUCCCACAAUAGAUGAUGUUAUGUUGUCAUGCUGCUUUGGGGAACCCAGCAGUACUCCAAGUUUUUCCGAAGUCCCUUCACAGCUUCCAAGCAUCAAGCCGUCGGUGUCAAAUGCUCCAUCCUCUGGUCCAAGUAGCAACCCUUCGCUAUCAUUGAAUCCUUCAUCUGCUCCUAGCAGCAAUCCAUCAUUAUCAAUAAUUCCAUCGAGCACUCCAAGUGACCAGCCAUCGACCUCAAAGGCUCCAUCUUCUGUUCCAAGCAGCAUUCCUUCUCUGUCCAUUCAGCCUUCCCUGGCACCCAGCACAAAUCCAUCCCUUUCGAGCAAUCCAUCGUCAAUACCCAGUCUAGUUCCAAGUAGGAGCCAGCAUCCAAGUGAGAGCAAUGAACCUUCGACGCUGCCUUCGAUGAAUCCAUCGCAGCGACCAAGCUCGAAGCCCUCGCUAUCAAUUGCUCCUAGUACAUCAAUCGAACCCAGCGUAAUUCCUUCUGAAGAACCAACGGAAUCGCCUGCACCGUCUCCAAGUCCUUCAAAGAUGCCAACAGGGAAGCCAUCAGGAAGUGCAAUCCCAUCGUCCAAGCCAACACUCAGUGAUGCACCAUCCGGUGAACCGACAGAGUCACCAGCUCCAUCCCCAGCACCUAGUCAGCUCCCAACAACGAGUCAGAAGCCUUCUGAAGACCCCUCAUCGGAGCCUACUGAGUCACCAGCUCCGUCACCGUCCCCAAGUGACAUUCCGAGUGACAUGCCGACAAAGUCACCGGUGUAA